GCGUAAUUGAAUUAAUGUAAUUGAAACAAUGUUGGGAAAUAUGAGCGAGAGGUUGUUGCAUGCAUGUAUUUCUAGUUGACUAUGGCAUGAAUAAACUGAAUGAACUGAAGACGGUAUGUUGUACUUUACAGAGAAAAGGAUAGCAGAUUGUUACAACUCAAACAUUCCGAGGGAAAUAGAUGGCCGCACUGCUUUCCUGUGCAACAGAAAUACGUAACGGAAUACAGACCCAUAUAAAAAAAACUGAAAACAUUGAAAAAAUAAUAGAGCGGAAACACGGUCGAACAGAGAUGCAAGAAACAUCGAUACCAUCCCUAAAAUACGACUUGAGAAGAAGCAAAAGAAAAGCAGACGAGAUGAUAACGGAAGUAAAAAGAAUGAAAACUGAGGAAACAGAUCGUAUUACUCGCCUAGAGCAACAUGUAGAGCAAACUAAGGAAGGGUUCAAAACCGAGAUGGCAGUAAUGCGAAACCAACUCACUGACACGCAAAACGAAUUAAUGGAGAUGAAAACAGCUCUUCAUACAGGGCAGACCGCCUACAACUUCGAAAAGGACCUCGCGACAUACAUCUAUCCACCAGGAACGUCAAUCACAUUCGGCCGAAUAUUUUCAACCAUGAUGAAAUGGCUGCAGGACAAUAAGGAUACGCCAGAAGGACGUGAAGGAAACAAGAAGUGGAAUGCAUUGAAGAGGAAGUUUAAGUGGUCAAAUAAACACGAACAAGUAUUUUUUAAAAUGCUCAAGUGUAGGAGAAAACCCGCGCACCCGAAGGUCGACUAUAAAUUGCCGAUUCCUGAUAACUUCAGCAAGGACGAAGAGAGAUACGUUGAAGAUAUCCGUAAAAUGACCAUUCGAGUGAACGAACUAGUAGGUUUGCCUAAUCCUAAUCUUAACUCUUAAGGUAAUCUUAUAAUUUAUUCAUUUGUUUUGUAAGUUAUAAGUGUUUCUAUUUAUUUCAAGACAUCGUAAAUUGACAUACUAGAUUAUUUUAGGUGUAAAUAAUAUAUUGAAACAAUAUGAAUCGAACAAUAUGUAUAGGUAAUAAUAGUAUGGUUUCGAGUGCAAUUUGGAAAAAGUGUGCAAUUUGACGUCUUUGAAAAUGGAGUGCAAUUUGACGUCUUUGAAAAACUCACGAGUGUAUGUUUUUGCAAAUUGCAUGAAAAAACAUACUAUUAUUUACACGCUUCGAUAACACCUGUGCACUCACCUUUGCCAUUUUUAAAUACUUAAUUAAAUACAUUGUUUUCAGGGCGGUAGCUAGCAUUUAUAGCUGGGGCGGUGGGGGGGGGGGGGAUGUCGGGCAAACAUUUCCAAAUGACGAAAAAAAUUGCGAAGUAAUAUUUCAAAUCCGAGUUAAUGUUUUAGACGUGGUUUCUAAAUACAAGUGCCAUGAACAAUGUUGAGGCGCAGCCGAACCAUUGUUCAUAGCACUGGGGAUUUGGAAGCCAAGUUUAAAACACUAACGAGGUUUGAAAUUGCUGGUCUAGACGGG